AAAUAGCUCAAGUUUGUCGAUAAGGUGCAAACUUAAUGUACCUCAAGAGAGGCCCAUUUCUCCAGCGAAUACAACAGAAAGUUUUGGACCACUUUUGAUCAUCUCUCAAGGCCGUUUAACGUCGCCGGUUUGUAAGUUGCCGGCCUCUGCUCUUGCUACAGAUUUGACAUGAGGUUCAUAUGGGCGCGAGUGGGGGUUUUGGGGUCAGUGGCUCUCGGUUCGGUUUUCUGGUCGCAGAACAAGGCCGAACAGGUUCGAACGGAUUCAGGGGCCACCCAUUCUCUCUCCUCUCAGUACGAGCUCAGACAGGUCCAGGUUCUGUUCAGACACGGUGCGAGGACUCCUCUCAAAUCUAUACCAGAUGUUUUGGAGGCACAGUGGGUCCCCUCCCUUCUGGAGGUCCCUGCUCAUACACAAAUAGAGUACAAAGUAACGGACCUGCAUGGUGGCCCAAGACCCCCGGCACCUGUGGAGGACAGCUACCGCGCAAGCACCCUGAGUGGAGGGGUGCACCCAGGCCAGCUGACAACAGUGGGCAUGCAGCAGCUGUAUGAUCUGGGACAGAGACUUAGGAAGCGAUACAUCGACGACCUGCCCUUUCUCACUCCCACCUUUCAGCUCUCGGAGGUUUACAUUCGCUCCACAAAUAUUGUGCGCACCAUUGAGUCAGCCAAGUGUCUAGUAGCAGGACUCUUCCAACAGAAACAGGCAGACAUCGUUCCCAUUCUAACAGAGGUGGCUGAGAGAGAGAUCCUUUACCCAAACUAUCAUGGCUGUAAACUGCUGGCAAAGCUCGGUGGUCCCCGGUGGGCGGAGUCAUCCAUGCUGCCUGACAUCGCUGCAGACCUACAAAGUGUCCAGAAGGCUUUGGGUGUUGGCUCUCACCAACGCCUUGAUUUCAUCCUCAUCAGAGAUGACAUGGUCGCCAGGCAGACUCACGGACUCCCAUCCCCUGCUGGGUUGGACGAGUGGAGUGCUGUUGUCGAGCAGAGAGCUGUUGACGCCAUUUACCAUGUUUAUGAACCCAGCAAGAGUUUAAAUCUGCAGCUGUGUGUUGGGCCUCUCCUCCACACACUCCUCACCAACAUGGAUGAUAAAGUGCAGGGCACAUCCUCUGACCCAAACAGGAAGUUGUUCCUGUACUCUGUUCAUGACACCACACUGAUGCCGUGCCUGAUGGCUCUUGGUGUGUUUGACAUGCGUUGGCCGCCGUAUGCUGCUGAUAUCACUCUGGAGUUACAUCAGCACACAGACACCAAAGAGCACUAUGUCAAAGUGUCUUAUAAUGGCCAGGAUCAGAAGAUUCCAGGCUGCUCUGAUGUGUACUGCCCGCUGAAGGAAUUCAAAGAGGCAAUGUCUGUUUAUUCCCUCUCUCUCGAAAAAUACCACAUGCUCUGCACCACCACUGAUGAUCACAAAGACCCUGACCUUUCAACUCGCAAACGUGACCUCUGACCAGUUCUUCUCCACACUGUAAACGCACAGAGAUUCACCGUGACCCUGUCCUCCUAACCUCUUUUUAACUGUAUUACUGGGUUUACAUUACUGUUCAUCAUGUAUUUCAAAUGGGAGGGUGAGUCUCCAUCAUGACCUCAUUUCUACCUUAUAACAAGUAUGUGCACUGUUCAACCAAUCAGAAUAAAUUUUACUGGCUUGCAAGUGAAUCACUUACUGUGAAUAAGCAGCAGCUCUGGACUCAAGGGCUAAAUUGGGUUCUCAAGACCAUAGAACCAUGAAACAGAUUUCAUCUGACAUAAUUUUACAUGCCCUUGUAAUAGUUGUCUCUUUGUUUACACCCGAGUAUAUCUCAGAUUCAUCUCAGACUCAGAUCCAUGAGAAUUGUUUCGAAUUUAUUCUGAAACAGAAAUGGCCACAUUGUGUUAGACAGGUAAAUCCCAUAAUAAAGGAAAUACUAACAUGAUGUGUCUUUAGUGGGUCUAAGGCCACCGCGAGUAAAACAAAAACAGCCUUAGUUUGCUUUUGCAUAGAGUGUACAAGUGACUGAUCAUGUUUAUCAGACCAAUCAGUGAUCAUUGAUGCACUGGCCUCCCUGGGGAGAGAAUUCUCAGCAGGCUAGAACAGCCUCAUUAUAGGAUGAUGGUGACUACUCACAAUGACUUUGCAUUAGUGGCGUUUACUUUGCCCUCUGAGGGACUGAGGGGACCUUAACCAUGAUAGAACGACUAGAACCAUUCACCAUGGGAAACACGCACCAAAGCCUGGAGGUUUCAGUGCAUCUUUAGCCUUGGUAAUCAAAACAUCAGGUGACUGGGGCUGCUCAACAUUUUUCUACAUGGCCACAAGCAAAUGAAAUGAUAAUUGCUUAAUUAACUCAGGUCACACACAUCAGUGAAAGCACCUGCUAUUAGUAUGAUUUGUAUCUCUCGUUUACCCAAGUGUUUCCUUUAUUUUGGCAUAUACAUGUGUGUUUGUGCAUGUGUGGAAUGAAACAUUGGAUGGCUGUAGUGUGGAGCCUUUAGCUCAGGGUGAAAUAAAUAUCAUCUCUGCACAGCACACAGCUGUCAGCUGUCAAUUUUAAACAUGCUCAAUUUAAGCCUACGAGUCAUUGACUGGUACGGUACCAGUAAGCCCAGUUGACCUGAGAGUAAUGUGUAUGCCAUCCUCUUGAGUAAUCCACCUAACUCCCAAGUUACCCUAGAGCUGUGUUACAUUAAUAAGUCAAGCCUCUACAGCGAAGUGUUACUGAAAUGUACUUUGUACAUUUUAAGCACUGCACAGGGAAUACUGGCAAUUCAAACUGCAUGCAAACUGUUUGUGUGUGUUUAUGAGCCUUUGCAGACAGGAAGAAUGUAUGUGCUCACAUCUGCUGGC